AUGUCUGUUGGUACAAGGAAAAAGCAGCAUUUUAGUAGUGUCAGUAACCUCUCUAGGCAAGAAUCUUUAGAACAUUCUCUUAUUGGAGGUACUGGCUUUUCAAGAUUAGUUUUCUGCAAUGAACCCGAAAGUAUUGAAGCGCUUCCUCUAAGUUACAGAAGCAACUAUGUGAGAACUACCAAGUACACUGCUUUAUCAUUCCUGCCGAAAUCGUUGUUUGAGCAGUUCAGAAGAGCUGCAAAUGUGUUCUUCCUGUUUUCUGCAAUUUUGGCCUUUACACCCUUGUCACCUACAUCUCCUUUUGCCUCUGUUGUUCCAUUUGCUUUUGUGGUUGGCAUUUCUAUGGUGAAGGAGCUAGUUGAAGACUUGAGGAGGAAAAAACAGGACAUUGAAGUAAACAACAGACAAGUUAAAGUACAUCAAGGUAAUGGCAGGUUUGACAAUGUCAAGUGGAUGGAUUUGAGAGUUGGAGAUGUGGUUCAGGUGGAGAAAGAUGAAUUUUUCCCUUCUGAUCUUGUUCUGCUUUCAUCAAGUUAUGAGGAUUCAAUCUGCUAUGUUGAGACAACAAAUUUAGAUGGAGAAACAAAUUUGAAGCUGAAGCAAGCGCUUCCAGCAACAUCACAGUUACAUGAAGACUUGGCCUUCAAGAACUUCAAGGCGCUAAUUAGAUGUGAAGAUCCAAAUGCGAACCUGUACUCCUUUGUUGGCAGAUUGGAGCUUGAAGGACAACAUUAUCCUCUUACGCUUCAUCAACUACUGCUAAGAGAUUCAGUGCUAAAAAACACAGACUACAUUUAUGGAGUAAUUAUUUUCACUGGCCAUGAUACAAAGGCAGCCCAGAACUCAAUAGGAUCCCCAUCCAAAAGAAGCAAAAUAGACAGACAGACAGAUAAACUGGUGUACUUCUUGUUCGUGGUGUUAGCUUUGAUGUCAUUUAUUGGCUCAUUGUUCUUCGGAAUCAUGACACAACAGGACCUCAAAGAUGGGAGGAUGUCGAGAUGGUACCUUAGGCCAGAUGAAACCUCAAUAUAUUAUGACCCGACGAGAGCUCCAAGUGCUGCAGUGCUGCAAUUUUUCACUGCAGUCGUGUUGUAUGGUUACUUGAUCCCCAUUUCCCUGUACGUUUCGAUAGAAAUUGUAAAAGUUCUUCAAAGCUCGCUUAUCAACCAAGAUUUGCACAUGUAUUAUGAGGAGGGCGACAAGCCAGCACGAGCACGGACCUCUUAUGGGCGUCGCGUCACUGAGGUAGAAAGAGCUGUAGCUACAGCAAAAAGACCUCCUCUGGUGCAAGACCAAUCAGGCAAAAGUGUUACCGGCCUUUCCAGCAAAGAAAAGCCAUCUGUUAAAGGUUUCAAUUUUGAAGAUGAGAGGAUCAUGCAUGGUAAUUGGAUUCAUGAGCCUCAUGCAGAUGUUAUCCAGAAAUUCUUUCGGUUAUUGGCAAUAUGCCACACAGUCAUACCUGAUUUGGAUGAAGAAACUGGAAUAGUGUCUUAUGAAGCUGAGUCGCCAGAUGAGGCUGCUUUUGUGGUUGCAUCAAGGGAACUUGGAUUCGAGUUUUGUGAGCGGUCUCGGACAAGCAUAUCUAUCUAUGAGACAGAUCCAUUAUCUGGAAAGAAGGUCAAAAGAGUUUAUGAUCUUCUAAGUACUGUGGACUUCAGUAGCUCAAGGAAGAGGAUGUCCAUGGUUGUGAGAGAUGAGGAAGGCAACCUCUUUCUACUUUGUAAAGGUGCAGACAGUGUAAUGUUUCAAAGGCUGGCAACUAAUGGGAGGGAAUUUGAAGAGCAAACUAGAGCACAUAUCAAUGAGUAUGCUAAUGCUGGUCUGAGAACAAUGGUACUUGCAUAUCGUCAACUUGAUGAAGAUGAGUACCAUAAGUUUAAUGUGGAAUAUACAGAUGCAAAGAACUCAGUCAGUGCAGAUCAGGAGAAAAUUGUUGAGACCAUUGCAGAAAAGAUAGAGAAGGAUCUCAUACUUCUUGGUGCUGCAGCUGUCGAAGAUAAACUGCAAAAUGGGGUUCCUGAAUGCAUUGAAAAACUUACUCAAGCGGGAAUAAAAAUAUGGGUUUUGACGGGAGACAAAAUGGAGACAGCAAUCAAUAUUGGUUUUGCUUGUAGUUUGCUUAGACAAGGAAUGAAGCAAAUCAUCAUUAACUCAGAAGCAUCAGCAUUUGAGGAUAUUUCAAAAUCAGAGGAUGGCGUAAAUGCAAGUGAGGCACUUAAAGCAAGCAUUCUUCAUCAAAUAGAGAAGGGUCUUCACUUGCUUCUUUCAUCAGGUGAGAAGGAUGAGACGUUUUCUUUGAUCAUCGAUGGGAAGGCCCUUAGUUUUGCUCUAGAACAUGAUAUGAAGGAUGUGUUCUUUGAGCUCGCAAUCAGCUGUGCAACUGUUAUAUGCUGCCGUUCAACACCUAAACAAAAAGCACUAGUCACAAGACUCGUAAAAGGAAAAACUGGUCGAACAACACUUGCCAUUGGGGAUGGUGCAAAUGAUGUUGGAAUGCUCCAAGAAGCAGAUAUUGGUGUUGGUAUAAGUGGCUAUGAAGGAAUGCAAGCUGUUAUGUCAAGUGAUAUAGCAGUUGGACAGUUCCGCUUUCUAGAGCGGUUAUUGCUUGUGCAUGGACAUUGGUGCUAUAGAAGGAUCUCAUCAAUGAUAUGUUAUUACUUUUACAAGAAUAUUGCAUUUGGCUUCACUCUUUUCUUCUACGAGGCUUAUGCAUCUUUUUCUGGACAACCAUCAUACAACGAAUGGUGUUUGUCAUUGUAUAAUGUAUUCUUUACAUCUCUCCCUGCGAUAGCCCUUGGAGUCUUUGACCAGGACGUAUCUGCACGAUUGUGUCUCAAGUUCCCCAUGCUCUAUCAACAAGGCAUACAAAAUGUUCUUUUUAGCUGGUUCCGGAUCAUUGGUUGGGCGCUUAAUGCGGUUCUAAGUUCAACCUGCAUUUUCUUUGUUUGCAUUCUUGGAUUAGAGAAUCAAGCUUUUCGUAAAAGUGGUGAAGUUGUUGGGCUAGAGAUCCUCGGCGCAACCAUGUACACUUGUGUGGUGUGGGUGGUGAACUGUCAAAUGGCAUUUUCUGUUAAUUACUUCACAUACAUACAGCAUCUCUUCAUAUGGGGAGGUAUUGCAUCCUGGUAUGUGUUUAUCAUGGCCUUUGGGGCCCUGGAUCCGAAUAUAUCAACAACCACCUUUAUGGUUUUCAUUGAGGCCUGCGCACCAUCUCCAUCCUUCUGGCUUGUUUUACCUAUCGUACUUGUUGUAGCUCUUCUGCCAUACUUCACUUAUACAGCAGUCCAAAUGCAGUUCUUCCCAAUGUACCACCAGAUGAUACAGCUGAUAUAUAGUCAAUCCAGUGAUUUUGAGUAUCAAACCUAUGUAUGGUAG